AUGCCUCUGGACAUAUCAGAGAAGCUGAAGGUGAAGCUUACCUGGUGGCUGAUAGGGGUGACUGCCCUGGGCUGGGCCACGUCCCCCCAUUUCCGCUGUGCCAACAUGCUCAUGGUGCCCAAGUUCCUGGGCAAGGAGGGUCGGCUCUACGUUCUCUCCUUUGUCUUCGCUGCCAUCUACAACGGACCUGGGGCCAACCUCUGGUAUAACCUGAUGGAGACGAAGCGCUCGAUGGAGUGCGUGGUGGAGCUACAGGUCAACCACACGGGACUCCUGUGGCACGCAUCUACAGCCCCCCUGCGCCAAGUCAUGGAGGAGCUGGUGAAGAGUGCGGACACGCUCAACGCCGAGACACACAACAUCUCCGAAGCCUUCAUGGAGCUGAACGAGCAGGUGGUCAGUGAUGAUGGCUAUGACCUGAAGCAACACCCAGAGAUGGAAAAAGAGUCCAGUACCCAGGAGCUCUACGAGACAAAGACCAAACUUCGCUGUGAAACUGUGAUCCAGAGGGGCCUGCUGCGCUGCACAACCCACUUCCAGAACAUGUACAAGAAAUGCAUGAAACGAGUGAAGUUGCCCCUCUUCAACCACCUCGUCUGCCUGCCCAUGCAGUUUGGGUUCUUCUGCCACAUGGUCAAAUUCAUGAGCCACUGGUGUAAGAAGAAGAUCCCCGUGGAUGGCAACUUCGGGCACAUGUACGACCGGGUGAACGGCUCCGUCAACAGCCUCAGCCAGGAGUUCAGCGCCAGCAUUGCCUACAAGGAGGAGCACCAGGAGAUGCUGGUGGGCACCGAGGUAGCGGCGCAGAUGCGGGAGGAACUGACCUCGCAGCUGCGGCAGGAAGGCGCCCGCCUGGGCCUGGCUGUCUCCUUCUUCCGCCUGCUGCUGUCCUUCACCUUCCUCUUCGUCUUCAUCUCGGCUUUCAACUACACCAAUCAGUACUGUCGCAAAAUCGGCUUUGACAACUGCUACAUCACCACCUAUUUCCGUCAAAUCGACGCCCGGCGCAGAGAGCAGAACAAACAGACGUUGCUGCCCCUGCUCAAGGAGGAGGUCCCGUCUUUCGUCUUCCCGUGCAAGCUGGCCGUGCAGCGGCCUGAGCGGCGGCACAUGGUGAUGGAGCUGCUCAGGUGCAUCCCACUCCUGCUCUUCCUCCUCUUUGUCUGUGGCCUGGACCACUUCAUCUUCACCGUUCUCAGCGUCAUCCAGCAUCAUUCCUUCAUCGAGUAUUCCUACCAAGCCAGCCACCACUUGUCUGUGAACGUGAUGGGCACAUCCCUGAUGGCAGAGCUGCUGCGGGGCACCAUCGGGGCCCUCAACACCUCCUUCGAGUCCGAAAUGGAGACCUCCAACCUGGUUUGCCUGCCACGGCCCACGGAGAUGACAAGGCAGCAGUACCUGAGCACCUGCCUGCCCCUGGGCCUGCUGGCCCUGCUCUGCGUGGCCCAGGUGUACCCGUUCCGCCUGCGCCGCGCCAUCGCCGCCUUCUACUUCCCCAAGAGGGAGAAGGCUCGAGUGCUGUUCCUGUACAACAAACUCCUGCGCCAGAGGAAGCAUUUCCUGCACCUGCAGCGCGGCCGCGUAGCCCGGCAAGCCCGGCUGCCUCCCGAGCUGGGGACGGUGCUGCUGCGGUGGUGCCGCCGGCGCUGGCCCUGGCUGCGCCGCUGCCUGCGCCAGAAAUGCACCUUGUGUGGGACCCCCGAGACCCCCCAGCACCAGCCCUGCCCCAACCCCGACUGCUUUGCCCUGUACUGCGAGUCCUGCUGGAGGCUGAUGGGGGUCACCUGCAUCGCCUGUGGGCCUGCAGACCCUGACCUCGUCCAGGAGAGCAGCGAGGAUGAGGAGGAGCAGGGAUAUGCGGGGUGA